CUCAUCUAGCACCACCCGUCUCCCUCGGCCAUUGCCUACCAGUCAUUCCUCCACCCGUCCUUUCGCUUCUCGCUCUGAAAGAGUUGCUUGAAUUACAGGCACAUUUACGACCAUGCGCAUGACAAAGCCGAUCACAGUCACCGUCUUCGUCGUCUCGCCCGACACGCGCUCCGAGCGGCGCUUCGACCUGCACAUCACCGUCCAGCAGCUCAAGGAGAAGCUUGAGCUGAUUACGGGCAUCCCGGUGCAGAACCAGGCGAUUGCGGUGUUCAAUGUGGAGAGUGACGCGGAGCCGGUCGUCGUGCUGGAUGAUGAGAAUAGGCCGUUGGGGUUCUAUGGGCUGAAGGAUUGGCAGGUUCUGAAGAUCACGGAUACGAAUCCGUCUACGUCAUUUACGGGACAGCUCAGCGACGUCUCGCAAGUACAGAAGUUUGAGCUGAGCGAGAGCGAGUACGCGCAGCGGCAAGACACGGUCCUCGCAUACAAGCAGCGGCACAAGAUUGGGCGCUUCGCAGACAAGGAUAAGGAGGAGGACGAGGCGAGCGCGUCCGUGCCCGUGUCGCAGCUCAACAUCCCCGUCGGCGCGCGCUGCGAGGUCGAGUCGAACGAGGAGGGCUUGCAUAAGCGCGGGACGGUGCGUUUCGUGGGCCCGACUAAGUUUGCGCGGACGGGCGUGUGGGUGGGGAUCGAGUAUGAUGAGCCGAUUGGGAAGAAUGAUGGCUCGGUACAAGGCGAGCGGUACUUCACGUGUAAGCCGAAUUUUGGAGUGUUCGUUAGGCCGGAGAGGGUUACGGUUGGGGACUUCCCGGUUGAGGAUAUCAACUUUAAUGAUGAGGAGAUGUGACGGUCUGGUUGUUUUUCUUAGUGAAGGCCGCUCAUGGUAUGGUAUACCCGCAUAUUACGUUCGUGCUUCACUCGAUUACAUCCUGCGCGCAUAUCAGCGUGCAUUGCCCUCCUUGUGACUCAGACAGACUAUGUAGAAGCCCGCGUAAUCUGCAAAGGGAUCGUCACGGCCGUGGCGCGGGAGCAAUGAACAUCAUGAU